GUCGCUAGGACGCACAAUGAACGCUUACGCCCCGAUUCACAAAGUGCUCCUCCGGUCAUGUCGCUUCCUUUGGCUUCCCUUCCCUUGAGCCUCGACGAUACCUAUGGGGCUCUUCUGGUGGGGACAUUUCUUGGUAUAAUAUUGUAUGGCGUCAGCUUGCACCAACUCUUCCGGUACAUCCGGUUGUACCCCUUCGACGUUCUUUCGAUUCGGUUUCUUGUCACAAGUGUCAUGGUACUUGAGACAUUGCAUGUGGUGAUGACGAUGGACAUCUGCUAUUAUUACCUCGUUACCCACUACUUCCAGCCGCUAGUGCUCCUGGAGGGCGUGUGGUCUCUGCAGCUCAUUCCGGCGGUUACGGCCUUGACUGCUUGCGUUUCCAAAGUUUUCUUGGCCCGACGGGUAUUUCUGACCGGCCCCCGCUCUCGAUGGGCUACCGCACUUGUGGGCAUACUGCUCGUCGCCGAGCUAGCUCUUGGCAUCGUCUUGUCCGUUAAGGGAUUCAUCAUCGUCAGCCUGCUGCAGUACGCAGAGUCCACUGUUGGGAUCCUGUCGGCCUGUGAGGCGGCGGCCAUUGCUGCCGAUGUGCUGCUCGCUGGAACGCUCACCGUGACGCUCUGGACCCAGGGGUAUCAGCGCUCACGCCAGUCGGAGUUCCCCACCACCGACCUCUUCAUGACAUACGUGGUGAAGACCGGUCUCCUCACUGGUAUCUGCAACCUGCUUGCUUUGAUCCUGGCCCAAGUUUGGAAGCAAGCGUUGUUCUACUCUGCCGUCAACAUCAUCACCACUCGAUUCUACGCGAACACCCUUUUCGCUGUGCUCAACUCGCGGGAGCUUAUGGCGAACGGCCGGCUGGAGAUCUUCGCGAACGCCGAAAACACCAGUUUCAACGCGUUUGCGCAAGCACACCGUGUCGCGCAGGCCCAGCAGUGGAACGCACCCUACGCAAAGUCAACUCCCAACGCGAUCAAGGUCAACGUGACCGCCGAGAGGGAGGACUAUGUCCCCGACUCGAGCCGAGGCGGGAGCAUGGUGUUCGACCGGAAGUCCGAGUCUCUCCCUGUUUAACGUGCCCUGCUUGUGACAGGGUUUUAUGGUUUAAAGCGGACAGUCUUUGAUGGUUUUGCGCGGCCGCGGGAGCCCCUCCGCUGCCAGGCUUGUAGUAGCUCAUCGCACAUGUGUUGUAGUGUUGUCCAUUAGCUCAUAUUAUUAUGUAUCGUAACUUAAUGUUCU